CUGCUGUUUAUUCUGUGCCGGUACACUGUCUAUCGGGCAUAUCUUGACGAGAUCUCUACUACGAAACAAUCUGAAACAUGGGAGCUCGAAAAAAGGAGGCAAACCGCCGGGAACGGCAGGGCACCUCAAAUGAUGGUAUGGCUAAUGUCAAGGUCAAAGGCGAGAACUUUUACAGAAAUGCCAAAAAGCUCAAGACCCUGAAUAUGCUCAAGGAUGGCAAAGCACAGCGAAAUGCAGAAGGAAAAAUUACUAAAGCCGCCUCGUACCAGUCACGGGAAAUCCCCAAAGCACGAGUCGAGCCGAACAGGAAGUGGUUUGGAAAUACUAGAGUGAUAUCGCAAGAUGCAUUGGAUUCAUUCAGACAAGCCGUUGCUGAAAGAGCUGCCGACCCAUAUCAGGUGCUGCUCAAGACAAACAAGCUGCCCAUGAGUCUGAUCCGGGAUAACGAGAACACGAAAAACGGGAUCAAGCAACAUCAGGCAAAGAUUGCAGUUGAGUCAGAGCCUUUUGGAGACACCUUCGGCCCAAAAUCACAGCGGAAACGGGUUAAGCUAAGCGCGAGCUCCGCCGCCGAUCUGGCCGAUGAGUCAGUAAAGAUGCACGACAAAUACCUUGAAAGAUUAGAAGAGAACAAGUUGUUGAGUGGCACGAGUGGCCAGACAGCUGACGAAACGCAAGGACAGCAAGAUUGCGAACUUACCACAGCAAGAGAAGCAAUUUUUUCCAAGGGCCAAAGCAAGCGAAUAUGGAAUGAGCUCUACAAAGUGAUCGACUCCUCUGAUGUGGUUAUCCAUGUGCUGGAUGCUCGGGAUCCCGACGGUACGAGAUGUCGCAGCGUUGAAAAAUACAUUCGCGAAGAGGCGCCCCAUAAGCAUUUGGUCUUUGUACUGAACAAGUGCGACUUGGUGCCCACGAAAAUUGCGGCUCAAUGGGUGCGAUACCUGUCGAAGGAAUACCCUACACUCGCUUUUCACGCUUCUAUGACGAAUUCUUUCGGGAAAGGCUCUCUAAUUACUCUACUACGACAAUUUUCUGGGCUGCAUGCCAACCGAAAACAAAUCUCGGUGGGCUUUAUCGGUUAUCCUAACACGGGCAAAUCAUCCAUCAUUAACACUCUUCGGAACAAGCGAGUUUGCACCGUUGCACCUAUUGCAGGCGAAACCAAAGUGUGGCAAUUCAUCACGUUGAUGAGGAGGAUUUACUUGAUUGAUUGUCCUGGUGUCGUGCCGCCGAGCCAAGGUGACACGGAAGAAGAGAUUCUGUUACGUGGUGUGGUACGUGUCGAGAACGUCGAAAACCCGGCACAGUAUGUGGAGGCUGUAUUACGACGGACGCAGACGCGCCACAUCGAAAAGACUUAUGAGCUCCAAGCAUCUGAAUGGAAUGACGACCCUGUGGAAUUUCUCAGUAUCCUCGCUCGCAAAGGAGGAAGAUUGUUGAAGGGUGGCGAACCAGAUCUCGACGGUGUCGCCAAGAUGGUGCUCAACGACUUUCUUCGUGGCAAGAUCCCUUGGUUCACCCCACCUCCGAAUAAGGAUGCGGGCGAGUCUGCUGAGGGGUUCGAAGGCCGGGAGGGCAGACUGGGUGAAAUGCCUGGGAAGAGAAAAGCAGCCACACUCGAUGUUGAUCAAGAGGAUGGCGAUGGUGAACAAGAAGCCGCCGGCCCUGCUUCAGGGACGGAUGGGUUAGAUGACAACCGGAACGAAGAAGCAAGCACUCAUGAUCAAGAGGAUGACUUUGAACAGUUUGACGACGAAGAUGAUGACACGAGUGAUGAUGAAAGUGACGACGCUGGUGGUAUAAAAGUGUAGGGAGUUUCUCUCCUUUCUUACCCUUUCAAAAGGAGAUGCGACUUCGACUGUCGAUGAUAAUAGAUACCAUUACCCGGCGUAUAUGUAUAUCUGCG